UCAGGGCGAGGGGGCGGAGUCAGGAGCAGCUCUCGAGUUGUCAGACAGGUUCGUCCUGAGCUGCUGGAGAGGCUUCACACACACACACACACACACACACUCUCUCUCUCCCUCGUCUGUGGAGCAGCUGCUGUGUGUCUGAGGAGGAAUGAAGCCGCUCAGCGUCUCGACAGGAGAAGCUGCUCUCGUCUCUGUCUCUGUUCGUCCGAGCCUCGUCUCCACUUUCCUCUCAGCGGCCUGUGAACUCUGACGUGGAGGAGGAGCUCUGGUCGUCAGGAAGAAGUCCGAACGUCCCGGAGCCAAAGUUCCACUGAGAUCAUGAAGCGUUUCCACAGAUUUUCUCCAGGAAGUUAAAAAUAAAGACGCUGUGACUCAGACGGGUUCUAGUUUUGCAAAAUGCCAGUGGAGGCUCCGCAGCGGCCCGUGAGGCAGCCGGCGAGGACGACCGCAGCCGCCGCUCCCCCGCGCCUGCGGCCCAAAGGUGCGGCGGGGCCGGACUUCUAUCGACAGAGCCCGGCAGCAGAGGUGCGACCGCGGCAGAGCGCGGUGGAGAGGCUGGAGGCAGACAAGGCGAAGUACGUCAAGAGUCCGGUGGCUCUGUCCAAGCAGCCGGUCCGGCCUCCUGAGGGGCGGAGGCCUCUGCUGAGCGGCACCAGGAAGACCCCGACCCAAACCAAACCCAGGCAGGACGGCGUCCAGCUGGACCUGAAGCACCUGAGCAACCUCAUCAGCGGCGUGAGCGACGGACCUCAGCCCGGUGCCGCUGUGAGCCCACAGGACGGCGACGCGUCUCCUCGCCUCACAGCCGCGGACUCGCCACAGAAGACAGAGCGGCCUUGUCCGCCUCCUCGUCCCGACUGGUCCAGUCACGCCAAGGUCCGGUUAAAAGCCUCGGGACCUGCCGAGGUGGAGAGUUCCGGGUCUCCUGGAUCUCCAGCUGCAGGGACCGUGCGCAGGGUGGACGUCCUGCCUCAGGCCCGUCCCGUGCGGACGCCCUGCAGGCCUCAGUUCAUCCGGCAGCCUCUUCAUCCCGUUCCUUCUCACCCUCAGUUCCCGCUCCGCCCGUCCGCUUCACACCUGCGUCUCUUCCACCUCAGAACUUCAGCAGGUCCGUCUCCUCUGAAACCGGUUGUUGCCCCGUCGAAACCGGACAACCCUCCCCCCUCUACCCCCGUCCCUGCUCCGCCUCCCCCCAGCUUCCCCUUGUUCCCUCCCCCCUCCCCAGCCAUCACCCGUCUGUCCUCCUCCAGCUCCAGGAAGCGUCCGUCUCUGACCCGGUCCAAAUCGGACAUGAGCGACCGAUUCUCCAGAGCCGGGACGGAGCUGGAGCGGUUCUUCAACCUGUGCGGUCUGGACCCUGCAGACCUGCAGGACCUGACCGGGUCCGGCUCCGACAUCGUCUCCCUCGCCCGGUUCCGCAGUGUGAGCGCCCCGGGGUCAGAGUGCGCCGGCUCUGUCGUGCAGGACGAAGGUGACGACGAUGACGCUGCCAACGCCGCCGAGCGAGUUCCGUACGGCGUGUCCGUCAUCGAGAGGAACGCCCGAGUCAUCAAGUGGCUGUACGGCCUCCGUCAGGACGACGUCCGGAAGAGCAGCGACCUGUAGGACGAGUGACCUGGACCCUCACAGGAAGUGACGGGUUCCCAUGAUGCAACUGGUCUCAAGUGUGUGACGACGUGACGACGACGUUUGUUUUUCACACUGGUUUGUUUUGAUAUUUGUUUCCAAAAUAAGACAUUUGUUAAUACAUUUGUUUCUGAGGGCAUGUUUUCUUCCAUUUUUUUUCACUUUUCACCUUUUUGGGGUUAGUUUGUUGUUUUUUGUUUCUUAUUGACUCAUAAUGUGUCUGUUUACCUCAUUAUUAUAUUUGUCCACUGAUGUGACGUCUGAGUUCAUCAGAUCACAAUCUGCUGUUCAUGGAUCUGAUUAAAGAUGAAAUCACACGAG